UGUAAGUGCGUGGGUGGAUCCUGAUUAAGAAUCCGUGGCAUUUAAGGUGAGAAAAGGGACGCCAAGGCAGGGUUUUCGAGAAAAAAAUCAUUUACCUGAUGUGGCGGCCAAUGCGAAUCUAAGGGUUUAAAAGGAAAACCGUGGUACAGCGUAGUUAAAAUAAUCGUUGCUCCAAAAUGCAGGGUGGUGCUUUUUUGUGUUUAGUGCUAUGUAUAUGUGGUGUAAACAGUUUUAACUUAGAGGCAAGAAUACCUGUUAUCAAGAGAGGAUCACCGGGAUCUUAUUUUGGCUUUUCUGUCGCCGAACAUCAAGAAAAAUUAGAUGAUGGUCCCUUUAAAAGUUGGAUUUUGGUCGGUGCUCCAUUAGAUCAGAAUAGACAACCUGGAACGAAUAGAUCAGGUGCGUUAUGGCAAUGUCCCUUGACUUCAAACACUAGAGAUUGUCGUCAAGUCAUCACUGAUGGGCUGAAAAAAGACGACGACAGUCAGAAUACACGUAUUGAUAGCAAAGAACUUACUCCACCUGGCGACGAUGAAGUGAAAGACAAUCAAUGGCUAGGAGUUACAGUACGAAGUCAAGGUCCUAGGGGUAAAGUUCUGGUUUGUGCUCAUCGACACAUCUCUAUAUCGGGUGAAUCCAGGUGGGGACAGGGAAAGUGUUACAUAUUGAAUCAAGAUUUAAAAGUCGAGAGUCAAAAGACACCUUGCCAAGGGCUACAAAGGUCAAUUGAAGUCUAUGAACAGUAUGGAUAUUGUUCAGCUGGUACAAGUGGAUUAUUAACGUCUGAAGAAUAUGCUAUGAUUGGGACACCAGGUACAUUCAAUUGGCAAGGAACGAUAUAUAUGUCCACAGUUAGUUCAAAGUUUUUAAGUAAAGACAACACUAUCUACAGAUCUCCUAUUAGUGAUGCUUCUCCUGUUAAAAAAUACAGCUAUCUCGGCAUGUCAGUAGCAGUAGGUAAUUUCUUCAAAGAUGGAUUGGCGUAUGCUGCUGGAGCCCCACGUUCUAAUGAAACAGGACAAGUUGUUCUUUAUAUGCGCCAUAAAGAAGACGAACUGUUGAAGAACGUUACAAUUUUAGACGGCGAACAGUUGGCAUCGAGUUUUGGAUACGAAAUUGCUUCUGCCGAUGUUAAUGGGGACAAAGUCUCAGAUCUUCUUGUGGCAGCUCCGUUCUAUUUUAAUAAAGCAGAAGGAGGUGCGGUUUAUAUUUAUACAUCAUUUGAGAAAAAUAUGAAAAAUUGCAAAAAAUGUGCACCUACAAAGCUUGUAGGACGGGAAGAAUCAAGGUUUGGCUUUGCGAUAGCUAAUUUAGGAGAUAUAAACAAAGACGGCUAUGAAGAUGUUGCAAUUGGUGCGCCGUAUGAAGGCAAAGGAACUGUUUAUAUUUACCUUGGUUCGAAGAAUGGGUUGAUCAUAAAGCCAUCACAGAUAAUUCAUUCUGAGGAUACACCGGUACCUUUACGUACCUUUGGAUAUUCAUUAAGUGGUGGUAUUGACAUGGAUCAAAACGGUUAUCCGGAUUUAUUAGUAGGAGCAUACGAGGAUGCCGCAGUGGUCUUACUUCGAUCUAGAAACAUAAUCAAUAUCACAACUUACAUACGAUAUGUAAACAAGGAUAGGGUUUAUCAAGACAAAAUUGAGUCCAUAGAUCCUGGCAAACUAGGAUGCGUGGCUGAUCCGCACUCCAUGUACACCUGUUUUUCCUUCGAGGCAUGCUGUGAAACAAAAGCGCUCUUGAAGAGAGACGGAAAGCCAUAUCUAAAGCUCAAUUAUUAUAUUGAGGCCGAAACUUAUUCAGGCUUAAAGAAAUUUUCUCGUGUUUGGUUCCGCACUGGUGAUGGCGACUCACGAUUACAUUAUAUUAAUCGUGAAGUUACUUUGGAUUCGGUGAAAUUGGUACAUUGCCAGUCUGAAACUGUUUACUUAAAGGAGAAUACCAGAGAUAUUCAAUUCCCCAUCAAGUUUCGUUUCAAUUAUACGUUGAUACAAGAAGAACCUGUGAUGUCAGUCGAAGGAGCUCCUUUGCCCGAUAUUAGGAAUUAUCCCAUCUUGAAUCAGCAAGAAGCUGCCAAGGAAUUCGAGGCGACUUUCCAGAAGGAUUGCGGUGAUAAUGAAGUUUGUGAGAGCGAUUUACGGUUGACGGCUGUGCUAGACCUCAAAGGCAAAUGCCAAUUCCUAUCUGGCUACCUAGGCACGCCCCCUCCCCCAAGGACUACCCAUCACUCAGCCCAACUAUUGCCGUCGAUGCCAGUCAGCAAGAGUAAUGUGGAAUAAAAUUUGGUAUAUAAAAUUGUUUGAAUUUAGCACUUACAAAUUAAUAAAUAGAAUAAUCA